AUGGGUGCGUGUGCGCUUAAGAACACAAACACCUUGCCGGGGGCAGUGAACACCAAAAUGCUGGCAAAUGACCCAUUUGCUGGGUUUGCGGAAGCCAAACGUCUUCCACGCGCGGGCCCCGCGGGAGGCCCGACCCCCGCCCCGCCCCGCCCCGCCCACGGCGGCGGCGGCUGCGCCCACCCACGGCGGCCCCAGCCCCCGGACCACCGGGGUUCCCCCCCCACCGCCUCCCCAUCCCCCGACCGGAUCGGACCGGACCUGACCGGACCGGAGCGGACCGGAGCGGGGCUGGGGCCCGCCAGCGGCGGCGGCGGCGGCGGCGACGACGACGACGACGCCGGCCCCCGGGACAUCGUGGUCAAGUUCCUCCGCUCCAAGCUGGCGCAGCGGGGCUUCCACUGGGACCCCCCCGGGGGCUCACCGCCCGUCCCCGGGCCCUCCCCCCCCGGGACCCCCGGCCCGCCCCCCGGCGUCCACCGGGCCCUGCGCCAGGCCGGGGAGCGGUUCAGCCGGCGCUACCGACGGGAGCUGUGCGGCCUGUGCGGCCGGCUGCACCUGAGCCCCUCCACGGGCCGGGCCCGCUUCGCCGCCGUGGCGGACGAGCUGUUUCGGGACGGGGUCAACUGGGGCCGCAUCGUGGCCUUCUUCGAGUUCGGGGCCGCCCUGUGCGUGGACGGCGCCCACCGGGAGAUGGCCGGCCUGGUCGACGGCGUCGCCCGCUGGAUGACCGACUACCUGAGCCGACGGCUGCACCCCUGGAUCCGGGACCACGGAGGAUGGGACGCCUUUGUGGAGCUGUAUGGAGAGCCGGUGCGGCCGAGGCUGGAUCUCUCGUGGCUUUCUCUCAAGACCCUGCUAAGCCUGAUUGUGGUGGGAGCCUGCAUCACCUUGGGGGCUUACUUUGGGCACAAGUGAAACCCCCACGGGCUAGGGCGCGGACUUCCCACCCCUCACCAAACUGCUAAAGUGGCCCUUUUGUGAGGCACAGAAUGGACAUCGUGGGCGUCGUACGAGGAGAACACACUGCCCACCUAAAAUGUUGUCAGUUACUUCCUGCCAAAAGGAAAUGUCACCUGUUUUCACAUGGUGAAGAAAGAGAUUUAUUUAUUUAAGGCAUUUACGUUACACCUCCUGACUUCUGACACUCUGCUGCUUGUGGCAAAUGCCACUCAAUAGAGCUUCCUAGAAAAUCCCUCGGGCCUGCCCUGCUGUCAAGACCGCACCUCCCAGGUCCCCUGUGUUCACACCCGCCGGCAGGACCACACGCCUCCAAAAACCUUAUGUUCCUGUAUCCACUGGCAGGACCGCAUCUCGGAAAUCCCUGUGCCCACGCUUGCUGGCAGAACCGCACUUCCCAAAUCCCUGUGCCCGCACCCGUUGGCAGGACCACACUUCCAAAAUCCCUUUGCCGGCACCCGCUGGUAAGACCGCAUCUCAGAAAUCCCUUUGCCUACAUCCCCCGGAGGGUCCAUACCUUGGAAAUCCUUGUGUCCAUGCCCACUGACAGAACUGUACCUCAGAAAUCCUUAUCCCCAACACCCCCCCACCACCCGACACGCCCCAGGAGGACCGCACCUUAGAAGAGCCAGCACCCAGCUUGCCUGCCUGCCCCCAGAGUUGCUGUUCCUUUUAAUCCUGUUCUCUCGCCCUGAGGAUUUGAAUCUUGAGAGAAAGGGAACCCCAGUUGGGAGACGGCCAUUUCCUGCCAAAAGAGAAGCCAAGCACUUGGUCUCUUCAGCACAGAGGGCAGCUUGUCCCCUCGCACCUGGAGAACAACAUUGCCGGUGGGGCCGACCUGACCAGGACUCUCCCCAGGGGCAGAGGGAGAGAUGGGUUUCGAGCGGGCAUAUUUUUUUAAGCUAUAUUUUUUUAAGCUAACUCCAGGUUAAGGUAGCAAAGAGCCAAUUGGUCCCAUUGUCCUGAAGGCAGAAAGAAAUCGAUUGUUAGGGAGACUGGUUAAUUCGAACAUGCAAAUGCUCAGCUGUGUACCAGCCAGCAUGGCCGGAGCCUUGGGGGAGCAGGGAUGGAAGCCUUGUACACGCAGGGAAGGUGGUGGAUGGUCUGAGAAUCCUUCAUCACCAGUAUAGGUCCAGAAGGAGGAGGCACCAGGGCCCGCCUCCUCAAGGGAAGACGCACCGGCCAGUUCAGCCUGGCUGGCACGUCCCAGCUAGCAUGUCGCAGCCAGCAGCUCUGCCUUGCCACAAGGCCGGGGCAGCCCCUCGUCCUUGUGGUCGCCACCUCGAGAUCCUUCCCAGUCACGGGAUGUGCCAAACCCGGAAGCUGCAGAGCUACAAAGUCCCCGACAAGGAAGAGGCUCCAGCCCAGCUUGGCGGGCUCCAUUGCGCUUUUUUCAGUCACCUAAACUGGCAUCUGGCCAUUUUCAAUCGCAAGUGUGGAGUUUUGGAACUAGAGUUUCUCACGGAGGCCAUUUCUUAUAAAGACUGUCAACUGGAGAUAGAAACGGCUGAGGAUGCCACCGUCCAUUUUCUCCAUCAUCCAUCCCAGUGUCCCACCUGUCCUACCACCUAUCUGUGUGCCCCACCGUUUGCCAUCUGUCCCACUGCCUGACCAUCUGUCCCUUGACCGCCCAUCCUUCCUGGUGCCCCUCUAUCUGUCCAUCCAAUCCACCUUCCAUCCCAAUGCCUCACUGCCUCCCCAUCCACUCGUCCAUCCGUGUGCCCCACCUCUCAUUGGGCAGCUGCUUGACCAUGGCCCAAACAAAGGAAAGUGCCACCGGGAGAGGGUGACCCACUAACCCCUUUAGGCCAGAGAUUGGACCUAGGAACCCGUGCCUCCGGCGCUGCCCCCUCUGCGGGGACAGGGUUGGGGAUUUGGCUGGAGUAGCAGGUUGGGGUGGAGCGGGGCCACGGGGGCCGUGCACACCUGGCCCGAAAGGUCCCUGCCAUGAGGGACGACUGAUCGUCCACAGACGUCCCCGCUGCCCUUCUUGUGGCUGCCUUGUGCCCGAGGACCUGGUUCCCGCCAGAUGGCCCGGGAGUCAGUGGACAUCCUGCAGCCAUGGCCCCCUGACUGGCCGAAACAACAGAAAGGGGACAGUGAGUCAAUUAGUCAAUCAGUCAUAUUUAUUGAACGCUUACUGUGUGCAGAGCACUGUUACUAAGCACUUAGGAGAGUAUAGUACAGAAGAGUAGGUAGACACGAUCCCUGCCCACAAGAGAGCUAGAUACCUGCUCAGCUGUUAAGUCAGGACACAAUCUCAUUAAGCGUAGAAACAGUCUCGGGUCGCUCAUGGAAUAACUUUGUGGCAUUAGAAACCAUUUCUAUGUAUUAACUAUGGAAUGUAUUAUGUUCAGUGUUUAAUGCUGUAGUUGACGUGUUUUCAAAGCUGCUUAUUUUUUAGAUUUGUGCAUCUCAGCAUCCUAUUUAGUUCUGGCCUCUACACUAUUUGGUAGAAAAGAUGACGAGAAUGUUACAUUUUGUAUUUUAAUAUUUCAGAAAGAUAUAAUGGAACAAGAUUUCCUCUUAAUCUCU